UCGAGAGGCAAAAUGAAAUGGUUCAGUUCUUUGAGGAAGGCACUAAUCCCCCAGUGCUGUAAAAGAGAUUAUGGGAAGGGAAAUUGCAAGUCCAUUGAUUUUGGUCUCCUUGGUUCACAGGAAAUGGAGAGUUGUAUUCAGAAUUCUACUUCACUGCCGCCGCCGAUCGCCAUUAAGGAGGAUAAGCUGAUGGCUAAGGAGAGCGAACAGAGUUCCCGUGGCUGUGCCUACACAGCAGCCCUUGCCACUGCUAUUGCUGCAGAGGCUGCAGGUGCAGCCAUUCGGGCUGCGGCCGAGGUCAUUCGCAUAACCACCUCAAUGACUAAGUCCUCUACUAAACUGACAAAAGAGAAUGCUGCCAUUAGAAUCCAGAGUGCAUUCAGAGGUCACCAGGCAAGGGCUUCUUUCCAAGCUUCAAGAGGACUGGACAGGCUGAGGAGAGUUGUGGAUGGGAUCGCCGCCAAGUCGCAAACAACAAAAACCUUGUACUCCUUGCAGACUAUGUCGAGAGUGCAGAUGCAACUUCCUCCGAGGUACAGACUGGAGGAGAUCCACAUUCCUCAGCAGCAGAAAUGCGAAAAGGAAAACGACAAGAAAAAGAUAGGAGAGGGGUGGGAUCAUGGUUCUCAGUCCAAAGAACAAGCUGAAGCAAAACAAUUGAACAGGAAAGAAGCUGCUUCAAAAAGAGAGAGGGCUUUAGCUUAUGCAUUUUCUCAUCAGUGGCGGAGCUCGUCCAAAUCUACAGUCCCAGCAAUGAACCUCAACAGAGGUGGCAAGUUCGUUGUCCAAGAGGCCAGCAAUCCCCAGUUGGGAUGGAGCUGGUUGGCGCGCUUGAUGGCAGGAAAACCAUGGGAAAAAAAGCAAAACGGCUCCUUUAAAACUCCCAGCUGUGUUGGUGGAGCACGACCGGCUGCCAUUGCCGCCAAACACGGCAGUGACUCUGGCUCUAGCUCGCCUGCAGUGCCACUCUCGCCGCCGUCCUCGGCCGCGAGCAGCAGGAAAGAUUCAUUGAGCUCGAGACGCAACAGCCAAUGCUCCCCUAGAGGCAAGGUGAGCGCGCGGUUGAGGCGACACAGCGUCGCAGGGCUGCCGUCGGUGACAGACAGCAACGGGCUCGGCCGAUCCCUGGUGGAACUGAAUAAGAACCACGUGGCAUCCACGCAGGCCGCCAAGACAGGCUCCCGACUGUUUCCAACGGUGAAGGAGCAACCGGCACCUAGGAUCCGGCGACUGUCGUUGAACAAAUGACGAGGCUAAUGGCCUGGAUCGUACUGAAAGUGUGAUUUAUGUGAUCAUG